UCGUCCCUCCAUCCUCCGCCUCGCAGCGGACGCGCGGAGAAAUAAAAUGCUCGGUAACCCGCGCUGACGGUGUCCAUAGGAGAGGCGUCGGCAUAGAGGCGUACUAAGCAUGGAGGAAGAGGAAGACUAUAUGUCUGAUUUAUUUAUUAAACAGGAUGUAAGGCCAGGCUUGCCCAUGGUGAGGCGGGUGAAGGAAGCUAUUCAGAAAGAAGAAAAGCAAAAAGAAGCCAAUGAGAAGAACAGACAAAAAAGCAUAAAAGAAGAAGAAAAAGAGAGACGUGACUUGGUACUGAAAAGUGCAUUGGGCAACGAGAACAAAGGCUUUGCUUUGCUCCAGAAGAUGGGCUACAAGAGCGGCCAGGCCCUUGGCAAAAGUGGAGAAGGCAUUGUUGAACCUAUUCCUCUGAACAUAAAAACAGGCAGAAGUGGGCUUGGUCAUGAGGAAUUAAAAAAGCGAAAAGCCGAAGAAAAACUGGAAAACUAUAGACAAAAACUCCAUAUGAAGAAACAAGCAAAUGAACAAGCUGCAGAUCAGUUCAGAAUAAGAUUCAAAACCAAACAAGAAGAACGUAAGAUGGAAGGGGACCUGCGAAAAAGCCAGAGGGCCUGCCAGCAAUUAGAUAUGCAAAAAGAUAUUCAUGUUCCCAAGGAGACUUGGUUUUGGAUAGAACCUGAAGAGGAAGUCAAAAAGGAUGAGGAAGACAAGGAAGAUGAAUGCACAAGCUCAGACUUAAGUGUAUCAGAAAAGCUGCUCAUCCUGACGGCCUAUUUGAGAGAGGAACACUUCUAUUGCAUUUGGUGUGGAACAACCUAUGAAGACUCUGAAGAUUUAUCUUCAAACUGUCCUGGAGACAGUGCUGCAGAUCAUGACUGAAGCCAGUCUAAGGGAAGGAGCCCUGAUAAGUAUGUAUAAUUCAGAGUAUCUCUUAAAAGGCUCUAAGCUGUGCCAUACUCAAGAAUUCAUACCAAAGUAUGCAGAAGAAGAGUUGAAGUUGACAAGUUAAAUUCAUAUUUUCUGUUUGAUGCAUAAUUUAAUAGGAAUUAAAAUUUGGUAUUUGUAAUUGAAGUAACAUAAUUGGGAGGUAGGUUGAGUCUUUCACAUCUUUGUUUAUUCACUGCCCAACUGGUAAUAAAAAUUCAACUAUGAGUAAAGACAUAAAUAUUGGCUAAUCACUUUAUUGCAUAAUGUGUUAAACAGGGCUUAUUCAUCUUUAGAGAGAUGCCUAAAUACCUGGUUUUGCUUACUAUCUUAAAUUUGGGGGGGGGGAAAGCUUGUGAAACAUGACAGUGACAUUAUUUUGUUGUACAUAAAAGUGCAUAUUUUCCAUAAUUAAAUAGAAUUGGAUCAUGA